AAACAACAGAAGAAAACAGUAGAUGGCAGUGACGCUCUACCUAACAUUGCGCCCCGCCAAUAAUGUUGAUGAUGAGAGAUGAGAUGUGCUGUAAAUCAGUAGGAACUGAUCUGUCCAUGCUGGAUAUUGAUGAUUUCAUCACAGAAAUCUCUCAGCUGAAGAAAGAGGUGGCGUUACUGGAGACAAAGCUGAGGUUAAGAGGAGAUGAAGGACUGAAGAGAGAGGACUCCGAGCUCAGUCUGACUUUACUCUGUUAUACUGAGUCAAAGCCCACAGACGCUCAGGACACUACAGUGUGUGACAGUAAUCAGGGCUUACAGGAUGAGGAAUCUACUGAUCAAACCUCCACAGAGUCUCUGGAUUCUGUCUGGAACGCUGGAGAACAGCAGCAGAUCCUGCAGACCAAACUCAAGAUGUGUUCAGUCAAACUCAUCGACUGCAGGAACCUCAUGAUGAAGAUCAAAACUGAACCCACAGCAGAUGAAGAUCACACUCAGGAAGAUGACAGUCAUGAUGGUGCUUUUAUUUCUUCAGAUGUGAAGAGUGAAUCAUUUUUGGAUGGAGAAAUAACGUCCUCAACAUCAGAAGAGAGACUGACAGCACAAACUCAAGAGAAAAAACAUCAUUCAGAAGAGCACAGAGAGAAGAAGAAGAAGUUUCACUGUAAACAGUGUGGGAAGGGGGGUUUUGUCUUCUUGUCUCGGCUAAAAGUUCACAUGAGGACACACAGUGAUGAAAAGCCUUUAUACUGCACUGAAUGUGGCAAAUAUUUUUGCAGAAAACAAACUCUUCGUGUUCAUCAGAAAAUUCACACAGGAGAAAAACCAUACGAGUGUCCUCACUGUGAGAAGAGAUUCAGCCACAAACCUUAUCUGAAGGCACAUGUGCUUAUACACACCAAUGAGAGACUGUAUCAGUGCAGUAAAUGUGAAAAAACCUUUAAGGAUUUAGGUUCAUUAAAAUUACACCAGAAAAUUCACUCGGAGGAGAAACUCCAUCAAUGUUCACACUGUGAUAAACGUUUCAGUAGGAAAUCUCAUUUGAUAGUCCAUGAGAGAGUUCACACUGGAGAGAAACCUCAUCACUGUGAUGUCUGUGGGAAGAGUUUUAGACAACGUAACAAUUUAGUGAAACAUCAGAGAACUCAUACAGGUGAAAAACCUUACAAAUGCUCUCAGUGUGAGAAGACCUUUACUCAGUCAGGUAACUUAAAAGUCCAUCAGAGAGUUCACACUGGAAAGAAACCUUACCACUGUAGUGCUUGUGGGAAGAGUUUCAGAGGACAUAUCACUUUGUUCAAUCACCAGAGAACUCAUACAGGAGAAAAACCUUACAAAUGCUCUCAGUGUGAGAAGACGUUUGCUCAGUUAAAUACCUUAAAAGUCCUUGAGAGACUUCACACUGGAGAGAAACCUUACCACUGUAAUGUUUGUGGGAAGAGUUUCAGACAACAUAGCAAUUUAGUGAUACACCAGAGAACUCAUACAGGUGAAAAACCUUACAAAUGCUCUCAUUGUGAGAAGACGUUUGCUUAUUCAAGUGUGUUAAAAGUCCAUAAGAGACUUCAUACUGGAGAGAAACCUUACGUCUGCUCAAUCUGUGAAGAGAGAUUUGCUUCUUCUAGAAGUCUUCAGCGUCAUCAGAAGAAGAAACAUAAUUGCGACCCGCCAAUAAGCACAAAGAAGAUAAUACUUCGAAGGAGUGAACGGCCAUUGAACGGGAAGAAAAAGCAGCACGACAAAGAAAACAGCUAUGCGUUUACAUCAGUUUUAUUUUGUGUUUGUGUAUCCUCAGUGUUUUUCUCUCUUGAGUGUAAACAGAGUCUUGUCUCUGUGUAUUUUAGUGUUGAUGAUGAGAUGGAUGUGAUGUGCUGUAAAUCAGGAACUGAUCAGGGCUUACAGGAUGAGGAAUCUACUGAUCAAACCUCCACAGAGUCUCUGGAUUCUGUCUGGAACGCUGGAGAACAGCAGCAGAUCCUGCAGACCAAACUCAAGAUGUGUUCAGUCAAACUCAUCGACUGCAAGAACCUCAUGAUGGAGAUGAGAAGAGAAACCACAGCAGAGGAAAAUCACACUGAGGGAGAUGACAGUCAUGAUGAUGACGAUGAUGAUGAUUUUAUUCCUUCAGAUGAGAGGAGCGAUUCAUGUUCAGAUGGAGAAAUAACUUCAUCAACAUCAAAAGAGAGAUGGACAGCACAAACUCAAGAGAAGAAACUUCAUUCAGAAGAUCACCGAGAGAAGAAGAAGAAGAAGAAGCAGUUUCACUGUAAACAGUGUGGGAAGGGUUUUGUCUUCUUAUCUCAGCUGAAAAGCCACAUGAGGACACACAGUGGUGAAAAGCCUUUCUACUGCACUGAAUGUGGAAAUUGCUUCAGCAGCAAACAAAGUCUUCAGCUUCAUCAGAGAAUUCACACAGGAGAAAAACCAUACGAGUGUCCUCACUGUGAGAAGAGAUUCAACCACAAAUCUAAUCUGAGGAGACAUGUGUUUAUACACACCAAUGAGAGACCGUAUCAGUGCAGUGAAUGUGACAAAGCCUUUAAGGAUUUAAGUUCAUUAAAAUCACACAAGAAUAUUCACUCUGAACUCUAUCAAUGUUCACACUGUGAUAAAUGUUUCAGUUGGAAAUCUAGUCUUAAAGUCCAUGAGAGAAUUCACACUGGAGAGAAACCUCAUCACUGUAAUGUUUGUGGAAAAUGUUUCAGUCACUAUAACCUUUUAGUGUCACACCACAAAACUCAUAUCGGUGAAAAACCUUACAAAUGCUCCCAGUGUGAGAAGAGGUUUACUCACUCAAGUAACUUAAAAGUCCAUGAGAGAGUUCAUACUGGAGAGAAACCUCAUCACUGUAGUGUUUGUGGGAAGAGUUUUAAUCAACGUCACCAUUUAGUGACACACCAGAGAAUUCAUACAGGUGAAAAACCUUACAAAUGCUCUCAGUGUGAGAAAACGUUUGCUCAUUUAGGUUCCUUAAAAGACCAUAAGAGAGUUCACACUGGAGAGAAACCUCAUCACUGUAAUGUUUGUGGGAAGUGUUUCAGUCGACAUGAACAUUUAGUGUCACACCAGAGAACUCAUACAGGUGAAAAACCUUACAAAUGCUCUCAGUGUGAAAAGAUGUUUGCUCGAUCAGAACACUUAAAAGCCCAUGAGACACUUCAUACAGGAGUGAAACCUUAUGUCUGCUCUCACUGUGAUAAGAGCUUCACUGCUCUAAGUUCUGUCAGUCUUCAUGAAAGACUUCACACUGGAGAGAAACCUUAUCGCUGUAGUGUCUGUGAGAAGAGUUUCAGUCGACGUGAACAUUUAAUAAAACACCAGAGAACUCAUACAGGUGAAAAACCUUACAAAUGCUCUUAUUGUGAGAAGAUGUUUGCUGAGUCAAGUAACUUAAAAGUUCAUAAGCGAAUUCAUACUGGAGAGAAACCUUACGUCUGUUCGAUCUGUGGAGAGAGAUUUGCUCAUUUAGGAAGUCUUCAGCAUCAUCAGAAGAAACAUACUGAAGAACAAACUACACUAAAAUCAUCAUAGUGCCUUAAAGUCUUUACACGCUGAUAUUCGACAUGAAUGUUCAUCACAAGACACUAGAACAAAAACACUUGAUUUCACAUCUGGCAGAUUCAUGUCUCUCUAUCCCACUAUUCAGAGUUUUUUUUUACAUUUAUUACACUAUUUCAUGAAUUAUAUCAUUCAUUUAUUUUAUCAUUCACUUUUAUCCUUAUUUUUAUAUACAUUUAGUUUAUAUUACAUUCAUUUUAUUCUGUCUAGUUAUUCUAUUUUGUUGUUUCAAUUUUAUGUUAAAGCUGUAUUGUCUUUUAAUGCUGAAUGGUCUCCAUCUCAAGGUUUUAUUAAUGUCAUGAGAAUGUUGUGAUGCCCACUUUCUGUGUUUGGUAGAGCACCACAUCUUUUAAAUCUGCCUUUAGUCAGAGGAUCGAGAACACAACUAAGAUUGUUCAAUAAAACAUUAUUUUAUUCAACAUCACUUUGUCUCUGUUGAUUUAAAGUAUUAACUGACAACAGAAUAAAUAUUUCAGUUCUGAUUUACUCAGAGAGGAUUCAAGCAAACGAUCUGAAACACGCAAAUGAAGGUACCUUGAAGCAAAUGUUUGCUCUCUUUUAUCCCUUUUAGAGAAGGAGGACUUUGAUCCUUUUCUUUUGCAGAAUUGUGAUUGGCUGUUGAUGUCAGAAGGAGCCCACAGAGAGUGGCCAACCUUUAUUCACUGUUAGAAACUCAUUUACAUAGAGUUUAUUCUUUAAAAUGUAAUCUAUGCAUUUUUCACUUACCAGACCACUUCCAAAAUACAAUGUACUGAAUGUAUAAAGUAUAAACGACAGCGAAAUGUUCCCAGAUAGCAAGUAACCACUGUUGGUGUUGAAUCAAUGUUAAACGGGUGGUUCAAUGGUAUUUUAUGCAUUGUGACUUAUUAACACCGUAAUAGAGUUGUUUCCUCCCUGAAAUGCUGAUUUGAUAUUGUACAAAGCUCUUCAUUUUGAAAAGCUCAGUGUCCUUCGAUUGGCCAACUUACCAGUACGUUGUGAUUGGCCUGAAUCCCUCUGACGUCAGCCGGAAAUGUGACACU